AUGAAGAGAAGCAAAAAAUAUUUGUAUUUAUUACCAUUUCUCUAUUCCUCUCUCCUUCCUUCCAUUUCUCUCUCUUCCUCCCUCCUUCCUUCUUUCUCCUUCUCACUGUCUAUACUUCCUCUGUUCCUUUCACUUUUUGUUUCUUCCUCUUUCUUUUACUCUCACCUCCUCCUCUCUAUCCCUAUCUCCCUCUCUCGUUCUCUAUCCCUCUCUCUCUUUUUCCAUCUAUCUUUCUCUUUAUCUAUCCCUCUCUCUCUAUUCUUUAAUUGUCAAACGGGUAUUUAUUCAGAUUGUGUUAAUUACCAUUUCUCUAUCCCUCUCUCCUUCUUUCCAUUUCUCUCUCUCUUCCUCCCCCUUCACUUCUGUCUCCUCCCCUCUUUCCAUCCUUCCUCUUUUUCUUUCAUUUUCUCUCUCUCUCUCUUCUCCUCUCUAACACCAUCCUCCUCUCUACAUCUUUCUCUUUAUUACUCUCUCUUUUUCUAUCCCUCUCUCUUUAUCUACCUCCCAUCUCUGUCUGUCUGUCUGUCUGUCUGUCUGAUCUUCCUUCCUUCCUUCCUUCCUUCCUUCCUUCCUUCCUUCCUUCCUGUUAUCUCAUUAAAUUUCUCGUCAGGUUUUAUCAUUAGAUCUGUCCCUCAUGUUUUUGUCUUUGCCUCUUUAAAUUUUUUACGUGAAUUCUAA